AUGGGAAUCGGCCUCAUGUAUCAUUACCGCCAGGAAAAUUCAUCUAUUGCUCAAAUCAUUGGCACCCAAAUUGCCGUCGGUAUCGGCGGGGGAAUGCUGAAUGUUCCAGCUCAGCUUGCCGUCCAAGCUUCGGUCCCUAGCCAUCAAAACGUCGCGGUCGCGACAGCCGUCUACUUAACCUGUGUGGAAAUGGGUGGUGCUGUUGGAAGUGCCAUCGCUGGUGUGAUUUGGGGCCAUGAUAUCCCCAAGAAAUUGGCCGAGUAUUCAACUACCAUCAAUAGUAGCGCCGUUUAUAACAGUAUCAACAACGCACUCGCGUAUCCUAUGGGAACUCCUGAGAGAAUCGCAAUCAACAGAGCGUAUCAGGAAACCAUGCAUAAAUUGCUCGUGGUGGCACUCUGUGUGAGUGCACCGAUUGUGAUUUUGUCUUUGGUGAUUAAGAAUGCCAGGUUAGAUGCUGGAGAGGACAAGGUCAAGGGAAGAGUUAUUGGCGGUACUGCGGAGGAGAAACAAGAAACACAGAAUAAUUAA